AUGAUUACCACCGGUACUCAAGAGCCUGCCAAAAUACAGAUGGGCAAUUUUUAUGAUAAUUUUGACGCUGGGGAGUCGUCUCAGUCCGAGGGGAAGGCCACCACCAAGCUUCGGCCACACCAGAAGCGUGCCCUCGAGCAUUUCCAUUGUGAAAAAUACUCAUGGGAGGUUUAUGAGGAUGAGAAUGAGAAGCCUACACGGUCGCCUGAACCUGCCCCGAAAAAGGCUAGGAUAGAGGCGAGCCUGGGGGCUGCUUCUUCGACGGCUCAGGCUCAUUUGCCAAAGCAGAAAGUUCAAGCUGCUGCCAGAGAAAGUUUCCUGAGACUGAAGAUCUACAAGCUUUUGUAG